UGUGCGCUCCUACGUUAGGCGCAAGUGGGCGGGGCUUGUCGUCCCGACAACCCGGGAGCGUUUGUCCACACACUCUGAUCUCCGAUUUGGUGGACCACAGCAGCACUGAGGCUGUGCUGGCUGCAGAAUGGGUCCCAAAGCAAAAAAGUCUGGCAAGAAGAAGAGGAAAAUCACCAAAGCUGAACGAUUAAAGCAGCUACAAGAGGAGGAGGAAAGACGGCAAAAAGAGGAAGAGGAAGCCCGUGUGAAAUAUGAAAAAGAAGAAAUGGAAAGGCUUGAAAUACAACGGAUUGAGAAAGAAAAAUGGCAUCAACUUGAAGCAAAAGAUCUAGAAAGGAGAAAUGAAGAACUUGAAGAACUUUGUUUAUUAGAAGGGUGCUUUCCUGAAGCAGAGAAAUUGAAACGAGAUACUAGAUUGCUUUCUCAGUGGAAACACUACAUUCAAUGUGAUGGGAGUCCUGAUCCUUCGAUAUCACCAGAAAUUAAUACUUUCAUUAGCCUGUGGAAAGAGGAAACAAAUGAGACACUUGAGGAAGUGAUUGCAAAAAGCAAACUGGUGCUAAAUUUAAUUGAGAAAUUGAAAUUAAUUUUACUGGAAACACCACCAUAUGAUUUGGAAGAUAAAAAUAUAAAACAGUACCAAGGAUCAAUUCUAGAACUCCAGGAGCUCCUUCAUCUUAAGUUUAACAUAGCCACAGAAAUACUUCUCAGACAGGCUAGUACAUUAGCAGAUCUGGACAGUGGAAAUAUGGAAAAAGUCAUUCAAGAUGAAAAUGUUACUCUAUAUGUGUGGGCCAACCUCAAGAAGAAUCCAAGGUACAAAAGUGUCAGAUUCUCUGAAACACAAAUUGGAUUUGAAAUUCCAAGGAUUUUGGCAACAAGUGACAUUGCUCUACGCCUCCUACAUACUCACUAUGACCAUGUCACACCGCUGUGCCCUGUUCCAACAUCUUUACGAGAAUAUACUGCCACAGUCAAUCACGUGGUCAAGGAUGAAGUUAAGUAUGAAGAAACAGCAGUCGACAAAGAGCUCCAAGAAGAGGGUAAACAAGAAAAUGAGUCUAACUCUGUUCAUGAAGAAGAAACAAAAUUUGAGGAACAAAGUGGUAGUGAAGUACAAACGAGUUUUGUCCAGGAAGACUCUGAAGCCACAAAAUGUGAACUGGAGAUGAAAUUAUUAAGUGAAACAGUCUUAUCAGCACAGUUUUUGCUGGUAAAGAAUGCUAAUGAAAAGCCGUAUAUCUUUGAAGACAAUGAGGUUGAUUUAUGCCAAUUCACAACCCUCGGUGGAGUGUACCACUUGGAUAUUUUGGAGCUUCCCCCGCAGUGUAAACCAAUGAAAGGCUGGAUGAUUGUGGAAAUACUCAAAGAAGGAUUGCAGAAAUAUAUAUAUCCUCCAGAAACUAUGGAAGACGUUGAAACAGAAAAUGCUUUCCCACCCAUAGAGGUGACACUUGAGGUUCAGGAGAAUGUAAUCUUUUUUGAGGAUCCUAUGGUUGCAAGGUGGGAUGCUGAAGGUAAACAUUGGCAAACUGAUGGCAUCAGUAAUGUCUCUUACAAACCAGAAGACAGACUUAUAACAUUCAGCCUAGAAACGCUUGGCCCUGUUACCUUGAUUCAGGAUGCUCAUAUUAACAUGCCAUUCCAGUCAUGGGAACUAACACCACUCGAUGUGGAUAAAGUACUUUUGACUGUGACUACAGUAUUUACUACAAUUCAAAUACAAAUCAAGGAAAACCUCUGCCUGUUAGCAUCAAUCACACUAAGUAACAAAAAGCAUUUCUCUAUUUUGGAAGGAAAAUGGAUGACUCCGAUUUCUUUCAUUUGUGCUUUGAAAGAAGCUGGAUUGAAUAUCUUCCCUAGUGAACACUCUCAUUUUUAUGUUGUUAUAAAUUAUAAGGAUCCUUUGAUAGAAAUGAAAGCUUAUCGACAGCUGGCCCUGCUAAGUUCUGCUUUUGCAUUUGGUUGGAGCAAGUGGAAUAUAGUAUGUAGUUCAAAUAAAGUUAUAGUUAAGCUGAAGGAACACCUUAGUGAAAAACCUAUUCAGAAACCUAAUUGGACCCUUUUAAUGUUUAGUGGUGACAGAGCACAAAGGCUCAAGAUCAACGAAAACAGUGAGACAUUCUCUGAAGCCCUUAAAGAAGAAACUGAGUUUCAUUCUACUUUAUAUCACAUGGUUAAGGAUUUUGCUUCCCAAAAAGCCAUGGAAAAAAUUAGGAGCUCCAGCUGCCAGCUGAUUGACUCCGUGUGCUAUAUGCUACUCUCGACCAGAGUGCUCAGCUAUUCUUAA